AGAGCGAAGUUUUUCUAAAUGACACAUCGUCGUUGGAGGAGGUGUGGUUGAAAAUUUAUAAAGUUUGGUGUUUAUCAGUGAGACAAACGAAUUUAAAGUGGUGUAUAACUCCAGCUUGAACUGUUAAUUGGCCCGUUAAAUAUCAACAUUAAGCAAAUCCUCAGUCACCAUGGCAGGCAGGCUACCGGCAUGCGUAAUUGAUGUGGGCACCGGCUACUCGAAACUGGGUUAUGCUGGCAACAAGGAGCCACAAUUCAUAAUACCAUCGGCCAUUGCCAUUAAAGAGUCGGCACGCGUCGGCGACACCAACACGCGACGCGUCACAAAAGGCAUCGAGGAUCUGGACUUUUUUAUUGGGGACGAGGCAUUCGAUGCCACGGGCUACUCCAUUAAAUAUCCUGUGCGUCAUGGCCUGGUCGAGGAUUGGGAUCUGAUGGAGCGUUUCCUGGAGCAAUGCGUUUUUAAGUAUUUGCGUGCCGAGCCAGAGGAUCAUUAUUUUCUGCUAACAGAGCCGCCACUGAAUACGCCCGAGAAUCGUGAAUACACCGCUGAAAUUAUGUUCGAAACGUUUAAUGUUCCUGGCCUUUAUAUUGCGGUGCAGGCCGUGCUGGCUCUAGCAGCCAGUUGGGCAUCAAGAUCCGCGGAGGAGCGCACACUGACAGGCAUUGUUGUAGACAGCGGUGACGGUGUGACGCAUGUUAUUCCAGUGGCCGAGGGUUAUGUGAUUGGUUCGUGCAUCAAGCAUAUACCGAUCGCCGGUCGCAAUAUAACGUCGUUUAUCCAGAGUAUAUUGCGUGAGCGGGAGGUGGGCAUACCGCCAGAACAGAGUCUCGAGACUGCCAAAGCGAUUAAGGAGAAGCAUUGCUACAUAUGUCCAGACAUUGCCAAAGAGUUUGCCAAGUACGAUUCAGAGCCAAGCAAAUGGAUACGCAACUAUACGGGCAUGAAUACCGUCACAAAACAGCCGUUCGGAGUGGAUGUUGGCUAUGAGCGUUUCCUCGGCCCGGAAAUCUUUUUCCAUCCGGAGUUCUCAAACCCAGACUUUACCAUACCGCUGUCGGAGAUUGUUGACAAUGUCAUACAGAACUGUCCAAUCGAUGUGCGACGUCCGCUAUACAACAAUAUCGUACUGAGCGGCGGUUCAACCAUGUUCAAGGACUUUGGCAGACGCUUGCAACGCGACAUUAAGCGAUCGGUGGACACGCGUUUGCGUAUUAGCGAGAAUUUAUCUGAGGGACGCAUUAAGCCAAAACCAAUCGAUACGCGGGUGAUUACGCAUCAUAUGCAGCGCUAUGCCGUCUGGUUUGGAGGCAGCAUGUUGGCCUCAACGGCCGAGUUCUAUCAGGUGUGUCACACAAAAGCUGCCUAUGAGGAGUAUGGACCCAGCAUUUGCCGUCACAAUCCCGUCUUUGGUACCAUGACAUAAUCAUAAUCGUUUCAAUGUGCAUAACUGCGCUAUUAUUAUGUAUUUCUUAUUAUUUUCGUUUUGAGUUCGUUUUCUAUAUUCACUGUAUGCGAUCGAUCACGUAUUCCACGCUAUAUAGUAUUGCUUAGCCGUUAGUAAUGAUUUUCUAUGUGUUAAGCUCUAAAGUUGUCUAAAAAUGUUUUGUAUAUCAGCAAUAUGCGUAAUUCAUAUUUGGCCAAAUGAUUAUUUCUUGUGUGAUUCUGAUUUUGAAUUAAGCUAAAAAGAUCUUUAAACAACAAUAUCUGCCAGUUAAACUUUUUAUAAGGUGCAUUACUUCUACAAGAUUAUAUAAUGUAUAUGUGUAACUUUUUAUGACCUACACACACACACACACAGACACAUACUAAAUCAAACCCAAAAACACAUACAUUAUAUACACACACACACACCAAACGGCGCUCCAUUGAAUCCCGCUCUUAACACAAUUAUAUAUGAAAUUGUACUUGUCAUAGUAAUAUUUGUAUUUAUUGCAAUAACUGCAAAAGGUUUAUAUGUAAAAGAGAAAAAGAUGAAAACUAAUAUUGAUGAAAAAUCUGUUUGUUAUAUUGAUAAGCGUAACUGAAAAAGGCAUUCAUUAAAUCAAUAAAACAUUCUUUAAGCUCAAGGUGA